GAAUGUAUCUACUUUGUCCACUUCUUAAAAGUAUUUUGUGUAAAGGAGUAUAUAUACAGUAUAUACAGUAUACUAGUCUACAAAAAAGUUAAACUAAGUGUAAUCAUGGUUCUAGUUUGUUUGUGGUAUCUCCAGUUCCUGAUCAUGGCACCAGCAUGCAUUGAGGACUGGUAUAGAUGUGGUCCAUCUGUCAGGAUGUUUUAUGCAUACAUCACAUCAAAUUGCUUCCAUAUACUGUAUAGUGACAGAAACACACUGGAAGAUGUAUGUGUGUGUGCACAAAAAAAGAGGGUGAAUGAGGUUAGAGAGCUGUGGAGCAUUCACCCUCCUGUGCAGAAACAGACUUUUAGCCUUAGACCUCGUCGAGAAAUUGAGAAAUCUUUCUGUGAUGUAUGCGUGUGUUUUUCUGUGGUUUCGGGUUACUAAGAAUUAUGUUCUUACAAUAGAUGUAGGAACUAGGUUGAUUUAGAUUCCUCCUAUUGUCGUUGGUGUGUGAAAUGGAAUAUGUGUAAAAAAAUAUGUGCUUCGUGCUUUUUUUUUUUUUUGAGUGUCAAGACCUUUAGGGAUAUAUAUUAUUGUUAUUUAUAAUUUUAUAAUAUAUCAUAAAUUAACAUGCAUGCUUUCUUUUUGACGAAAUGUGUGGUGUUCAGAAACUCUUUCAGUGAUUUUUAGAUUUCAUAAAGUUGGUCGAGAGACUGUCGACUUGUCGUUUUACAUUUUAUGCACUCUAAAAACCUCUAUUGCUCUUUCGCUCUCAAUGUCUUUACAUGUGUCUUUGUCUGUUUGCAGCUGUGUAACGCACUCACAUACUCACACUAGUUUCACUUCAGACUAUUUCCAGACUAUGGACGUCCCUAAAGACAGAAUCAACAGUGUGGAGAACACAACAAUGCUCCAUUGAUGCUGCAGUUCAGAAAGCGAGAGGACUUUAAAUCAUCAAGAGCAACCUGGCGAUGGACUCAUCUUUACAACUCAGUCGGAUAGACAGAAGUGGCAGCUUUCUUCAGCUUGUCGAUGCGUUUGCAUUGUCACUGAGUACGUUGGAGCAGCAAAUGGUUCAGGAAAAAGACAGAGAUCCAGUCAGAGAUCCAGACACUUCAAUGUUCAUAGAGAUAGAGGGAGAGAUGAGCGCUGUGUGUCUACAGUAUCCUGCGUUUGAUGGGGAUCACGGUACAAGCUCAAGUGUGAGUGUGUUGGACAAACUGAUACACACACACCCCAUCUGGCUUCUGCUUUCCAUCGACCAGCAAGAGGCCACUGGCAUCCUACAGCAGCAACAAGCUGGGGUGUUUUUGGUCUGGAGGUCAUCUGUCCUGCAAAAAAAGGUCUUGUCAUUUCAUACGGAUGGUACCUCAGACUCCUCUGUGAUUCACAUCCCUGUAAAGGAGAGCCAUUACAGUAUUUCAGCAUUUUCUCUGGAGGGCUCAGGAAUUAGUUUUGCUGACCUCUUUCAUCUUGUGGCCUUUUAUUGUAUUAGCAGAGACAUUCUGCCAUCUACCCUGAAGCUUCCUGAGGAAAUACACUCAGCUGAGACCCUGUCAGAACUGCAUGAGGUGGCCCAGCAAGGGGCAGCUUUCUGGGAAUCUUCUGCCAGCAAACAAGCCCCAAAGAGUUCCCUGGUUCUGGAGAGACGGACAAUCUCUCUGCAUAGGAACUUCUCACUGAUAGAGGAUCAAACCUGUACCCGAACUGGCAAUCUAAAUGUCCCACUACCUCUGACUGACACCUGCCCGAAUGCCCCCGAAGGCAAAAGAAGUUGCUCCAACAGUGCUUUGUCUUUUAUCAACCCUGUCUUCGUCAAGACACAGCAAGAUCUAACUGGAAAUGUAGCAACAAAAGACACAACAGCAGAAAACAGAAAAUCUCCUCCACCAAGGCCACCUCCACCUCGCAUUUUGGUUCAUACCCCUGCUUUACCCCCAGGUUGUAGGACUAUGCUUUCAGGUGCCGGCAUUACCAGAACGAAACCCAAGUCGAUCGCCAAACGCCCCAGUUCUAAUCAGCCUCCACCACGACCUCCUCAACCACCUGACAUAGACAGCUACCGCUGCACCAUUGCAUUAGAUGAUGAGACCAUCUCUAUGGCCCUGUCUCAAGCCAGGCGGACGCAUACACCUCUCAACUCAACCAACAGCACCGUUCUGCAGCAAUGGACCGGUCCUGAAGAGAAAGGGCGAAGCUCAAGUGGUUUGUCCACUUCCUCGUCUGACUCUCUGGAUUGUCCUCCGCAUCCUCUUCAUUUGGACCCACCCAAGAGUGUAGGCCAAGGCCUCUCCACAGAUGACAGCAGUGAUGAGUAUGACGGAGAGGAGGAAGACUAUGGUGUGGGACUUGAAAGGGACCUGCAUCUUCGCCUUCGUUCCGCCCGCAAGACAAAAAGACUCCUGGCGGUCGAACUAGCGGGCGCUAGUCCGAGAUCGCUCAUUAUCUCACGAGCGCUAAGGGGACAGUUCCGAAAUGUUCUCAAUGUUCUGGCUACACCUGAAAAACGCAUCUUGCUCCAGAUCAUUGAGUUGUCCCAAGACAAGGGUUCCUACUUUGGUUGCCUGGUGCAGGAUUAUUUGAGCUUUGUGAAGGAGAACAAAAACUGCCACUCAUCCAGCCAGGAUCUUCUGCAGACGCUCCGGCAGUUCAUGACCCAGAUGAAGGCGUACCUCAUCCAGAGCUCAGAGAUUAACCCACCUAUUGAGUCCUACAUACCUGAGGACCAGAUUGAUCCGGUGUUGGAGAAGGCCAUGCAUAAGUGUGUGCUGAAAACUCUGUACGGCUGCUUGCAGUCAGCGCUGCAUGAGUUCCAGGUGGCCGGAGGAGUGUGUCAGAGGCUGCAGGAGAACCUGACCCUGGCCAAGACCAAACACCCUCACGAGCUGGGAGUGAUCGGAGCCCGGCCACCAGACGCCCACGCCAUCCACCGCAUCCGCAGAAAACUCAGAUCUAUGUGCAGCAUGUACUCACCUGAGAGGAAGAUAUCGGUGCUGCUGAAAGUCUGCAAACUCAUCUACACUAUCAUGCAAGAUCAUGGAGUGAGGAUGUUUGGAGCGGAUGAUUUCCUGCCCAUGUUGACAUAUGUACUGAUCCAGUGUGACAUGCCACAGUUGGACACUGAGAUCCUGUAUAUGAUGGAGCUGAUAGAUCCUCCAUUACUGCAUGGAGAAGGGGGUUAUUACCUCACCAGUGCAUAUGGAGCGAUGUCACUGAUUAAGAACUUCCAGGAGGAACAGGCUGCGCGGAUCCUCAGUUCUACAGCGCGCGACACACUCCACCAGUGGCACCAGCGCCGCACACUGCAGCGAAACCUGCCCUCGGUGGACGACUUCCAGAAUUACAUGCGUGUGGCUUUGCAGAAGGCAGGUAGCGGCUGCACGGCUAAAACCCUUCAGGUCCGGCCCUACGCCACAACAGAAGAGGUGUGCCGCCUUUGUGCACUUAAAUUCAGUGUGUCUGAUCCGGAAAACUACGGCCUCUUCCUUCUCACAGACGACAGCAGCCAGCAAUUGGCCGCAGACACACAACCACAGUGGAUUAAGGCAGAGUUACACAGUCGACCGAUCCCUCAACACUUUUACUUUGUCUACAGGAAGAUAGCCAACACAAACUGCCCCACGCCUGUGUCCGCAGAGCAGGACGAUCCCUGAACAUGCAAUAGCAGGAAAAUGUUUAUUCAGGGUGUGACUUUGUGUAUAAAGAUUGCAAGAUGAAAGACUUUGCACUUUCCAUGAAUAUGGUCGUUUUAGUUUAAAAUCGAAUGCUAGAUUGGGACCAAAUGUUGGUUUAUAUUUGAAGAGUUUAGAUGCAAAAGCCUCUAAGUGCCGUUUGAAAUUUUCUUCUAGAAUGAUCAUUUUUAUCAAGCUUGUUUAUUUAGGUUCUGUUAUUUCACUUAAAUGGCAAUGAAGAUUACCUAUUAAUUGUCAUUUAAGUGUCAAUUGAUAACUUAAAUAUACGAGCUUGAUAAAAAUGAUCAUUCUAGAAGAAAAUUUCAAACGGCACUUAGAGGCUUUUGCAUCUGAACUCUUCAUUUAUGGAUAUAACUUAUAUUUCACAAAAAUUUAAGACAAUCUUGCAUUAACCUUGGUAACAGGGUUGAAAAGAUUAGCUUGACAAUUGCAGUCAAAAUAAUUUGUGUAAAAAUUGAGAAUAUGAAAUGAGAGAAUAUACUUGUCUUUCCAUCUAAAUGGUCUGAAUUAUGUUAUUUAUUGGAUUGCAAUUUUAGAGAAUGUUGCAUUUUUUGUAAUGUGGGAAAAUUAUGCUGUAACAGGCUUGCACGCAAUAUGCAAAAAAAAAAAAAAAAAAAAAAAAAGCGACACCGUAGUGUGCCACAUUCAUGGAAACUGCCAAAUAACGCAUAUUAAAAUAUGUCAAAUAUUGACAUUUCACAUGAAGCUAUGUUUUAAAUCGAAAUGUUUAAUAGAUUUUCUGGUCAUAAAAUAUUAUGGGCAUUGUCAGUAUUGUGGUAUCGAACCUGUGAGAUCCUGUUGUUGUUAUACAGUAUGUAUAAAGGUGUCAGGGAUUCGCUCAUAGAGUUCUGCACGUAAUCUUUAAGCUAUUUUUGCAUUCAGGUCACAUGAGUGUCCAGAGCUUUGGCCUCAGCUGAAGAAUUAUCUCCUCUGCUGUCACGAGACUCAAUCAACACAGUGAACCAUUUUUAAGGGAAGAAGCUUUCAGAUGUGAGUUUCAACAGAGAUAAUGCAUGAUCAUGUGCUUGCUUUUUCUGUAGCACAAUAGAGAUGCAUCAUUGACAUAGAAAGCUUUUUUACUCACUUUGUUGUUAAGAAAUAGGAACACAUUGCUCCUUAUACUUCAGCCAAUGUCUAAAUGUGCUAUACUGUAAACAUGUUAUGUAUUAUUGUGCCACCACAUGUAGGAUGCACUUUUUUUUUCCAGAUCCCUGAGCUGUCAAUUAUAUAAUUUAAACACUGUACUUGUGAAUAUUUUACUCUUUUUGGUGGCAGGAAUAAAGCACUAUUCUUUUUAUUAUCUCA